UCACUUUCAUUCUCCCACUACUGCAGUGCGCAUGCUCCUGACAAAGAAACUGCUGCACAGACUCUUGAACUACCUUUAUUGUUUACUUUUAGAUUGCGUUAAAUUUAAAGUCGUACACUUAUGAUGAUCGCCAUCGAUGGAGCGAAGAACGGAUAUAAACAACUUUAAGCAGUAAACUCCUGAAUAAUGCGGUGGUAGUUGUUGAAAUCAAAAGUGAAAGUGCUGUGGUGCACUCAGCAGUUAUUUGAUAUUCAUCUAAUUUUAAUUUACAAAAAAACUGGGAACACUGGCACUAUGGUGGGGAUGAUGAUGGUUAUUAAAGCCAUUUUAACUGGAUACUUCAUGACGUGCGUUUAUGCUGAUGGAGUUGCAGAUGUGGUACUCACCUGCACUCUGGUGGAGGAGGGAGCUGGACUUGGUGGAAUGGGAGGCGGUCACUUCACUCGGACUCCAGCCACUCUUAUUUUACGAGAUGUUGCUGUGGGCCCUGACGAAUCACUCGAAGAACUCACUCCGUUUGUUCCUCCCUCCAUCCCUGAUCCAGACCUCCUCCUGUUUGAGGCCAAAGUAUCAUCUCCUGAGAUCCCCAAUGCAAACGUGCUGCUCCAUGCAGACUGCAAUGAGCAGGAAGUGAUGUGCGAAUUAAGUAGUUACUCUCCUCGGGGAUUCGAGGAAAACUCAGAUCGGGUCUUUUUCAUGGUGUCCCUCAGCGUGGAUGAGGUUGACUUCAGCACUGCGCUGAUUCUGGAGACCUUGAAGGUGGAGAAAGACGAGUCAACCCUGAUGCAAAGCAAGCUGGGUCUUCCUCUCAGCCAGUCAGGAACUCUGCUUACCGACUUGAUAUUUGUGGUGUUCACCCACAUAAAGUCUGUGUCUGCCCCUCUGAGAAGUGAUGUUCUCCUCAACUGUGGCUUCAAGCAGCAGGACACACCAUUAGCGCAGGAAGUGGGCAUUGAGUGGCGUCUGCAGCACAGAGGUAAAGGCAGGAAGGUGCUUGAAAUGAAGAGGGCGCUGGAUGAUACAGAAGGCAGCACGAUAGUGGAUGGUGAGAGGGCCGGCUCAAGCAUAAAUGCUGCCCAGGUUGUUGGUGAGGGUAACGCCUCUUUGACUCUGACCACGCUGAAGGUUGGAGAUGAGGGGACCUACAUCUGUACAGUCAGUCUUGGUCCUUUCCACUCCCAGCAGGUCAUUCAACUUCGCAUGAUUCAACCUCCAGAUGUUUCCCUCUCAGUGGAGAAGCUGGUUUUAAAGUCAAGUUCGUCCCAGAAAUUAAGUUGUCACAGCAGUAAAUACUACCCACUGGAUUCUCAGAUUGAGUGGUUUUCCCUCUCUCCCACGGACACAGAGCCACAGCUCUUUAAAGAUCAGGGCUCCCUGUCCAGUCAUCGGCAGCACGGUGAUGGAACGUUCACCCUGUCCUCUCACAUAGCUGUGCCUCCCACCACCGUCCCGGGAACCAAAAUCAUCUGCAAGGUCUCCCACACAGCUCUAGAAGAACCACUCUUUGUCAGUGUGGUGGUGGAACCUCCUGAGCCUAAUUCCUAUUGGUGGAUACUGGGCUUCCUGAUCAUCACUGUACUUUUCUUCUAUCAGGUCAUGGGAUAAAUUUCACUUACAUCAUCAUGACUGGAGACUAGAAAAGUUUCUUUGUGUCAUUUUAGUGUUUAAGUUAUUUUUUUUAGGUAUUCCACUGGUUUGUUCAACUCUCCCAGCUUUCUGGAAACUGAAAAAACAAAGUAAAACUAGUCUCAGGAGGUUUACAAAUGUGUAAUAUGUGAUCAACAGGUGUAUACUAAUAUUUAUAAAUGUGUACAAUGAUUUGUGUGUAAGUUUUGAAGACUCACAUGCUCCAGUCCACACACAAAUACAGAGGAAUUGGAACACAUGGAAAACUAAGUUACAAAUGGAUACAUCAAACCUGAAUAAACAGAAUUUUACACAAAUUUUAAAGUUCAACUUUAUAAAUUUGAUAAUUUGUACUUUUAGAAAGCUUCCUGUAACAUUCUUUAUUCUCACGUACAGAUCUUUAAAUAUGCAUGCAUGAAUCCUCUGAUAUGCACAGUGGCGUUUUGAGACUUCACAUUGUAAUGUUCACAUAGUUCCACAAAUGUAAGCUAUGUUCAAGUGCUAAAGGAAACAACUGGAACAUCUGGGCUUCCUGUGGAUUCAUAUGUGUGUUUGUUUUAGUUGAUUUUAUUUACUGAUUACAGAUGCUAUAAAUUAGCCCAUGAAAGCCAAUAUAUGGUUUAAAUAAGCUGCUGCGACAUGCUGGAUAUUCUUCUGCUGGAGCAACAGUCUGAGUGCAGCUGCAGAUGGGAGAACAGUUGGUUACAUUGUAACCCAGGUUCUCUGAGUCGAGAAACUAUCUCUUCAGGCUGCUCAGAAAGGCACUCAAGUCAAGGUCAACUGUAAAAGCCAUGCACACGUAGUUUUUAUAUAGCCAGUAGUAUUCACAUCAUACUAUGGAUUAUGUAGGGUGGAGACACAUCUCUAUGCCUCGUCCUCUGAAGUGAAUAUAUGCAGACAAUUUCUUGUAUAUUUUGAUUAUAUAUGAUUAAGUUGAUAUGGAAUAACAAUCUAGGCUACUAUAUGGCAUCUGUAAUUGGUAAAUGUAUGUUUCCUAGUCGAGUGUAAUGAGCUGUUCUGUUUAUUUAUGUGUGGAUCAGAGCACCCAUUUGUGAGUACUGAAAAUUUUAAUCAUUGUGCACAUUUGUAAAUCUUAAUUUACGGUUCAUUUAUAUAUAAUUUGUAAACGUUUGGGACAAAUUUUGCUCCGUACAAAAAACUUUUUUGGGGGGUGAAAGCUAUGCAUAUGGUAACUGAUUUAUUUAUGACAUAGCAGUGAAAUUUCUAUACAUGAUACAUUUUUUGUUUAUUAUUUUUAAUACCAACCUAUUUUUGCACUACGCAAGUUUGAAGCUUGCAAUAUGCUAAAUUGCAUUAAAACCCACAGAUUACAUCACAAACUAUGUUAUUCACCAACAGUACAAAUUUUAUUCAUAUAAGAUAACACUGCAAUUAUACAGUAGCACACUCCCUUACAUGGAAUUAUUCCCUUCACAGCUUUCAGUAUGUUUGUUGACAGGGGACCUGCUGUUUGCAGGUAGAAAAUAAUGGUGUGUAGGGGCAGUAGGCAUUUUCAUCUUCUGCAGACAUGAAAGGUCCACACGAUUUGUAUUUGAAAGCAGCUAAUAGCGCAAUUGCACUAUGAGUAUUUAUUACCUGAGAUGUGGUCUCUGUAAUAUUUUUGUAAACUAUUUACUUUAUGUUUUUUCCCAGGAGCCCAGAAAUUCUUUUUAAAAAAGAGCAACAAUAUUGAAAGCACCUUAAAUGAGUAUAAAAGUUGUUUUUCCUUGAAUGUAAAAUUAUGCUUUGAGUAUUUGGGGCUUAUUUGGACUUUUUUUAAUCAAUAUAAAGUGGGAAAAGGGGGUUUUUUUUCUGUGUCUCUACCGAAAAAUUGGUAUGACUAUUUAAACACUCUCAGCUUCUUAAGUCCCGCUUACCAGCUGAAUUUACUGUACAUCCAAUAAUUUUGGAGCCUGGCAGAACUUUGUUUUAUAUUCUAGUGGAGAUCCUGAUGCUCCCUGUGACAUUUAAGGAGGACAUGUACCAUUAACCAGAGAUCUGUAGUAACAGAUAGAGUGAUGCUGCCAUACAAGCCUUAGUUUGAAUGUGUGACUUGGUGUGUAACUUCAGUGAAAGAUGGUACAUAGACCCAAUAAAUGUAGAUUAUUAUACUUAAAGGGGGAAUUUGAGAAGGUUUUUGUUAUACUUGUUAUUUUUGGUACAAUAUAUAUAUUUGUUUUAUCUCUCUGUUUUUGUAUGAUUUUAUUUUGUUGUACGUGUAAUAUUGAAGGAUUAUGUGACACUGUGACAAUGGUUAAGGCAUUUUCGUUGAUCAAUCUUUGUACAUUGUGGAAUUGAUUGAAGUCAUACUAGGACAUAAAAAAAAUACAACAUCA